GAUCGAGAGCUGUGGGAAUCCAGGAGACUGUCAAGGACCAAGUCUUUAUUCUCACCGGCUGUGGUUAACCCCUUUGUGCAUCGGAUUCACUUCAGUGCCUGGCAAUGGGUUUGCACCUUCCUCUUGGGCACUGUGCUGGUGCCUGUGCGAGUGUCCUGCAUGGUCCUCCUCUCCCUCUUCAUCUGGCCCAUGGUCACACUUGCCACCAUUUGCCGUCCUGCUAAACCAGCCCUGCCAGCCUCGAAUUGGAGAAGAAAACUGACGCAGCCAGUUCUCAAGAUCUUGUUACAGGCAAUGUUCUUUUCUGCGGGGUUCGUGGUUAAAGUGAAAGGGAAAAAGGCAAGGCGAACCGAGGCCCCCAUCUUAGUGGUGGCGCCGCAUACCAGCUUCUUUGACGCAAUCGUCUGUGUUGUGGCAGGGUUACCUUCAGUGGUCACGGCUACUGAAAACACAAGGAUUCGAGGGGUUGGGAAAGUUCUACUUUCCACGCAGCCAGUACUUGUGACCAGAGAUGACCCCAAUUCCAGGAAGAAUACCCGGAAUGAAAUCCUGAGGCGUGUGGCAUCCGGAAAGAAAUGGCCACAGAUCCUGAUUUUCCCAGAAGGCGUGUGCACCAAUCGCUCCUGUCUAGUCACCUUUAAACUUGGGGCCUUCACUCCGGGUGUUCCCGUGCAGCCAGUGUUGCUCAGGUAUCCAAACACUCUGGACACGGUGACCUGUACCUGGCAGGGCUUAUCAAGAUUACAGGUCUUUCUGUUGACUUUGUGUCAACUCUUCACCAGGGUGACUAUUGAGUUUAUGCCUAUUUAUACCCCAAAUAACGACGAAAAAGAAGAUCCAAUCCUUUUUGCCAAUACAGUACGGAUCAACAUGGCAAAUGCCCUGGGAGUACCUGUGACAGAUCACACUUAUGAAGAUUGCAAACUGAUGGUUUCUGCAGGUCACCUUCAACUACCCAUGGAAGCUGGUUUGGUGGAAUUUACGAAAAUUAGUCAUAAAUUAAAGUUAGAUUGGGAUAAUAUUCAUCAGUGUUUGGAUGAAUAUGCUGCAAUUGCAGUUGCCUCCGAAGGAGGAAAGAUAGGAAUUGAAGAGUUUGCAAGAUUCUUAAAACUCCCUAUUUCAAAGCCCCUGAGACAACUUUUUGCUCUCUUUGACAGAAACAAGGAUGGCAGCAUAGACUUCAGAGAGUAUGUGAUCGGUCUGACUGUCCUAUGCAACCCUGACAACACUGAACAGAUUCUCCGGAUGUCAUUUAAGCUUUUUGAUCUUGAUAAAGAUGGUUUCAUCACAAAAGAGGAGUUAACGUCUAUUCUUAGGGCAGCUUUCGGAGUGCCACAUCUUGAUGCUUCUAAACUCUUUCGGGAAAUAGCUGGACAGAACACAGAGUACAUUUCAUUCAAAACCUUUAAGAAAUUUGGCCUGAAGCAUCCAGCAUAUGCCAAGUUAUUUAGUUGCUACCUAGAUCUUCAGGCAGCCCAUGUAUGUUCAUUAUCACAAGCAAUAAAGGUUUAA